AAAGAACACACAGACUGACCUGCACACAUAAUACAGUGUGUUGUGCACACAAUGUCUGCCUUUAGUUUAAUCAAAUUUCGAUCUCUUGCAAGAGGUCUGAUCAAUUCUGGGAGCAGCACAAGGAAAGCUCUACAGGGAAGGUCAUAUUGCCAGGCUGUCAAGGAUGUAGCACCCAAAGAAACAAAAACACAGACAUUAUACGGUCAACAUCUAUUCAGACAUGAAAGAAGACCAACAGACUUUGACAAAAGAAUACUUGUCUGGUCUGGGCGUUAUAAAAAGCAAGAGGAUAUCCCAGAAUUUAUCUCAUAUGAGGCCCUGUCUGGUGCCAGAAAUAAAGUCAGAAUUAAGGUCUGCUAUGCAAUGAUUUUAGGAACAAUCAUAGGCUGUGUUGCAAUGGUGAUUUCCGGAAAAAAAGCUUAUAAAGAAGAUAACACACUUCUCCAUAAGAAUAUCGAAAGAAAGAAACAAUGGAGAGAAGAACAUGCCGCAGACUUAAAAUCCGAUUGAAUUUAAUCAAACGGACACUGUCACCAACUUAACUUGUUUAGCUGGUGCAUUAUAUUGCUUGUGUUUAGAAUAUGUCCAAUUUUAUUGCAUUUUAUAGAUGUUUAUUUUGUAACAAAACACCAGAAUCUCAGGAGAUAUCGUAAAGUGCCUUCAGUAUUUCAGGCAUUUAUUCAGGUUUUUGUGUUGUCACAUUCAUGAGUGUUCCAGCAGGUGUGGUUGACUUGACUGCACAUGUCGGUUUCCAUUUUGGAUAUCAAGUAUGGGCGGCAAUGUAUAAAUGAGGAAACAGGAAAGCAUACGUACAGUAUAUGUAUAUAUUCUUCCGUUUUUUUUAGCUAAAUAAAUAUUUGGGGGGAAAUUGUUCUUACUCAAAUACAUUACAGAAGACUUUCUGUUUUUAAAUGUAGCACCUUAAUGUUUUUAGAUUUUCUUUAGAGAAUAUUUAAAAAAAAUAAUAUUUGUUAUUAUAAUAAAUAUUUUCUUUUAA